AAUGAUUACUGACGUCCAAUUGGCCAUCUUCUCAAAUGUUUUGGGAGUUUUCCUCUUCCUACUUGUGGUGGCGUAUCACUACAUCAAUGCUAAUUCAUCUAUUUUCCGAUCGAAUUUGAAAAAUAAAUAAAAAUGUAAUAACUUA